ACAGAAGCGGCAAACAUGGAAUCGAAUACGGAAGGAAAUCUCUUAGAGAUAAUGGAUUUAGCACGUACACUGAGACAAGAACAGCUAUUCAUACAACAGGAGCAGGCAACAUUUGCCCAGCUGACAGAGGCAUUGUCAGAGAAUUCAACAUCGAUAACAAAGUUGGCUUACAUAUGUGCCCAACAAAGACGAAAUCUAAACGAUUUAAUUGUUUCACGUCCAGACUUGGGACCAUCAUUGUGUUGUCGGCGUGCCAAUAACUAUGAAAAAUCCAAUUUUGUUGAUUCCAAGAAAGUUUUAAAUUAUGAACAUGCCAUUGCCUAUGAAGAAUUAUUUAAUUAUCUCUACAAAUCGCCAUAUAUUUUGGCUGUAUCCCUGGCAACGGGCGAUAGUAUUGGUGAAAUAUCACCACAUCACAUGAAUUCCGUAAUACAAACGAUAAGUACAGGACUUUUUGGUAAUGCCAUCAAUACAAAAGAUGUCGAAAUGACAUUGAAAUUAUUGCGUGAACUCAUUGAAAUACAAAUUGUAACCAGUGAUAAUCCACGUCGGUUGCUGAGAGCAAAUGCUUCAUCAUUUUCCCGCCUCUAUCAUCGUUUAAAUGAAUCGAUGUUUUCAGCGAAAAUAUUCCUGACAGCUGCCCUGUUUCAGCCCAUAAUGAGUGUAUUAACUGAAACGGAUACCAUUUUGGAUGUUGAUCCGCAAAAAGUUAUACAGCGUUUUAGUAGCAAGGAGAGAAUAAGGAGAUUUGGUCCCGAAGAUUCUGCCGCAUAUGCCGAAAACAUCGAUAAAUUUCAUACAGAGACAAUACAAAAAUUACACAACUUAGCGAAGACCUUUAUUGAUAGUUUACUAUAUAAUUGGUCACUGUUCCCCUCCACCCUGCGAUGGCUAGUACAAACAAUGUGUCAUCAGCUGAAACAAUCUCACCAUUUUUCCGAAAAGAUAAUGAAUGAAAUUAUCACCGAUAUGGUUUUUACACAUUUCAUAUGUCCGGCAAUAGUUAGUCCCGAUGUAAUGGGUAUUAUCGAUGCACCGAUAUCCGAGCAAGUUCGUUUUAAUCUUAUGCAAAUUGGUCAAAUUGUACAAAUGUUGGCGUUGACCAAACAUGAUGACAUCGAUGCCCGUUAUGCCGAAGUAUAUGGACAAUUUGAAUCGAAUCAAGUGACACGAUUGAUUGAUUUACUUUUGGUCACUCAAACGGGGGAGGAUGUUGUCGCCAUAUUGGCACAACAAAGUGAUUUCGACCGUACCCAGCUAAUGGCCACCCAGAGGGAUUUAAAUUAUUUCAUCGAUUUCUUUCGAAUACUAACCGCAUCGGAUGAGUAUGAUAUACCAGAUGAGGAUAAGGACAAGUUGAAGAAAAUCUUAAAACAAUUACCGGAAAGUAGUGUCCAUCAAAAUGGUAGUUCAGAGGCAUUACAACAACCGGCGGCAGGCAAUGAUUCUUCACCAGCCAAGGAGAAAUCAAAACAGUCGUUGAUUAGCAAGGCAACCAAAAGUAAAUUGGCUAAGACUAUGAGUUUUAGUCAUAAUGGCAAUAGCGAAGCUAAUUUAUCUUCGUCGUCGGGGAAUGCCUUGAUGGUAAAUGGUCAUCACAUUAAUGGCAAUGGUGUGGGAGAUAAUCCCUCAUCUAAUCACAACUCUAAUCAUUCAUCGCCAACAAGAUCUAUAGCACCAGAGGUGGAUAAUGAACCAAUAUUGAUAUUCAAUCUCUAUAAUUGUAGUGGUGAGCAAAAACUACAGCCGUUGUCGGAAGAGGAAGUGUUGAAGAUGAAUAGCAUUGGUCAGGAUAAUAGCGAUUUGGUAGAUACGGAAAACUAUCAACAAGAAUCCACUGUCGAUAAAUCAUCGGUGGUAAAUGGUUUCGAUGGUAUUGAUGGCAUGUCGGAUGUCCUAAGGCCUUUGCAUAAUAAAACACCCAGAUUUUCAUUAUCACAUGAUGAUGCCUCCAUUGGUAAUUCAGAUAACCUGGAGGCUGUUAGUGAGGUACCCUCCAAUCAUUCUGUGACUAGUUCCUUGGAGCUGGAAGAGAAUGCAGAAAAUGAUAAUCUCUCAGAUAUGGUAUCGGCCAAUGUGUCGGGUCGGGGUACACCAAACAUCAGUGGCCGUGAUACACCCUCUUCAAUGGUAAUCGAUGGCGAAUCACUUAACAAUGCCUUACCCACCCCACAAAUGCAAAAACUGAUAUCAAAAGCUCGUUCGGAUAUUGAAGAUAAAUUUUGUAAAUUUGAAAUUAAGAAAUUUGAAGGAGAUGAAACAGUGUCGAUUAUAUCAGACACCUGGUCCACAGAUGUAUUGGCCAGUGAUUCGGAGGCCGUAGAUGCCAGUGAACGGGAAAGAGAGAGGAAUUUCUCUACACCGCUGAUACCAGCAGCAGUCAUUUUGCCAGGCGAUAAUAAUUUUGAUGUUCGUGCAGGAUAUUUAGAUGCUUCCGAUCAGAGGUCGGAGUCUAAUUGGAGUACUGAUGUGCUCGCUUCAGAUUCGGAGAAAUUAAAUGAGGUGGAUACAGAUGAUAAUGCCAGCAUAACGGCCAGGUCGGACACCUCAUUGAUUAGUAUGCGUUCGGAGAGGGAAAGAAAUCAGCUGGCUGCGGCCAUAUCAUCGGCCCCCUCCAAUCGCCAUCAUGGACGUCCAUCGCUGUCGGAACAAUUCUUCUCCGGCAUGGGUGGCGGCAAUCGGGGUAAUCGGAAUUCGUCGAGACCCUCAAUAGCUGCACAAAAUGUUGCAGCUGCCAAACCACCCUCCACCGGAAGUGUUGAUGAUGUGAACUUGAGCGGCGGCAGCAGUGGUGGCAAUGCCAGCGAUCGUUCCCAAGAAGAUUCAGCAUUUUACGAUGCCAUCAAUUCGUAUGACGACAAUUCAAAUCCCAUAACGAAUAAUGCCUCGCAACAUCAUUAUCGGGAUGGUUCAUCGUUGGCCCGCAGUUCGGUGAGAACCACAAAUCAACAUGGCGCGGCGGAAGAUAGUUUCCAACAAAACUAUAAAAGUAUUGCCAAUGAUGGUGGUGACAAGGAUUCUUUUCUAACACCCAGUACAUCGACAGCUGCUGCAAAUGCUCAUCGAAAUCGUAUGCGUCGGCAAACCUCGGCAGAGAGUAGUAUUUCAAAUCAAAGCUUGAGUUUGGAGGAACAAGGAGCGGCAGCGACAGCCAAAUUACCAUCGCCAUUUGCAUCAACGUCGUCGAGGAAAAAACGUAAUACAAGUAAUGAAUCGAAGGAUCUAAUAGAUUUUUCAGAUUUUUGUGAUGAUAAAGAUCUAACACCACCUUCGAUAGCUCCGCCAGAACCACCAACUUUACAAGAUCUUUCCGAUGAUCUUGUAGAACGACGUCAAAGUAAUACGCUGCAACGAACGGCAGGAGAUGAUGGGCGACGUAAUGGCAUAAUGGCCUUGAAAGGUGGUCGUGAAUCCACCGAACGGGGUUCCAAUUCUUCGACACAUUUACGGCGUCAUCAGUCUCUGAAUUAUGAAAAUCAUGAAAUUGUACUCAGCACAGUGCCCUCUCGAGUAUCAGCAAUGCCAAAUUUAUCACCGCAAAGUGAUAAACCACAAACCCAGCAGCAGCAGUCUCAGUCCGACGAAUUAUUACUAUUGUGCAAUAAGACUUCAGAUUUACAAAUCCAGGACAAUAAUAAUGACAACGAUUCAACAAUGGAUAAUUCUCUGGAGGCUGCACGCAACACACCAACAAAUAAUAUGGCACCCGGGGGAAUAAUGACACAAUCUGCCACCAGUAAACCCACAAAAUCAACUGGAGCCAUACCGAAAAGUAUAAGUUUUGAUGCAUCGGCGGAUAAGGCAUCAACAUCAUCAUCUGCUGCAGCAGGAGGAGGAGGGGUGCCAGGCACAAAUGGCAUGGCCUCUAGACAUCAUAGAUCAGCAUCAACACGUUUACCCGAUUCGUCUUUGUUGCGUACCAAUGGCUUAAAUUUGGCAGCAUCGUCAUCCAAUUCAGCGGGUAUUUUCAAUAAAUUAAAACAGGGCAUUUUCAAACAUCGUCGUGGCCACAAGUCCCGCCACACAGCGAGCGGAAAUGUUGAUGAAAUUACACAAUGUCCGCGUAGUGUUUCAUUUUCGAAUAGUGCAGCAGAGGUUUCGUUGGAUCUCUUAGGUGCCAAUUUACCCAGUACAAGUGCCGCUGCAGCAGCAGCAGCCGCCGUUGCUGCAGGAUCUACGCAGGAUCGUAAUGGAGGUUAUUAUGAUAUGAGUGAAGAUAUUUUAGCAAAAUAUCGUCGUAAAGUUAGUACAUCAAGCGAGGCCACAAAUUCAUCGAUUGGUAAUGGUGCCAGUGCAGCGGGUGCAGUUGGCGGUUCGACCAUUGAGGAGUCGAGUAAAGAAAUUUUAAGCAAUAAUCAACAUCCAUCCAUGCAUGAUAAGACCCUAACAUUCAAUAUUAUCAAGAAGAAGAUACGAACUGUAUUGUCUAAGACUGAUUUACAUUCUGGAGAUUUCCGACAUACAACGCAUGCCAACAUUUCACCCCUGUUAACAUAUCUUCAAAUACAGCUAGCCCAAGCUAUAAAUUUACAAAAUUUCCAACAAAUUUCCUAUGUAUCGGAAGCGAUACGUUGUAUAUCCACGCUGGAUGUUGCCCAGCAUACCCAACUAAUGCAAGAACUACAAAAUGAUAUACAAAAGCGUCAAAGUUAUUUACAAUAUUUAAUGCGUUAUCGACAAAAUCUCCUCAUGAUUAUGGAAAAUAUCGAUCAAUUCGAAUCUAGAUUAAGAAGUGAAAGUACCACAUGUAAUCGUUAUCUAAUGGCAUUGUGUAUGCGUUUAUUCUUUGAAAAGAAACAAGAUAGUUUUGUAACAUUCCAAGAAGAAUUUGCCCGUCUAACGGUUUCAGAUGAUAAAAUCGAAUUAAUUGAAGAAUAUCUUGAUGGCCUCGUAGAAGAAUUAUUGGCACCGGGUGGCAUUUUGAAUGGUAUGCCUGAAUGGCAAGCGAUUGAGGCACGUCUGGCAUUGGAGCGUAUUCUAUUGCAGAGUAUCUAUCAACAGGUUAUGUUUCCCAAUGAGGAUGCUGAUUUGUCAAGAGAUACUGUUUUAUCGGAGCAUAUACGCAAAUUACAAAAUAUUAUAACACCAUCCCAUCCAGCUUUGUGUAUACCCCAAAUUUAUUUAUCCGAAGCCCCAUGGAGUUUUGCCCAGCAACAAUUGUCAUUUAUAUCGGCCUAUAAAACACCUCGCGAAAAGCUACAAUGUGUUGUAAGAUGUAUAUCGAGUAUAAUGAGCUUACUGCACAUGUCCAGUGGUCGAGUACCAGCUGCCGAUGAUAUUUUACCCGUACUCAUUUAUGUUGUUAUUAUGGCCAAUCCACCUUAUCUAUUAUCAACGGUCGAAUAUAUCACUUGUUUUAUUGGUGAAAAAUUGAAUGGUGAAGAACUAUUUCAUUGGACCUUGUUUGGUUCGGUGGUGAAAUUUAUAAAGACCAUGGAUUAUUUGGAACAAUAAAUCCGAAC